ACGGGCGCUGCAGAGCCGGACUCCUGCGCGGGCGGCGGCGCUGCUCGCCGACUCCGGCAAGCUGACUCGGCGAUGGGACACCUGUGGCUCUUGGAGACCUGGGGCUUUUGGGGGCUGCUCCUGUGUGCGGCCGGUCCCCGCACAGUUGGCUCCAAGACAAUCCCCAAGGUCACAGAAGUGAUGCCCAAGUACGGCAGCAUCAAUGGAGCAACGAGGCUGACUAUCAAAGGAGAAGGUUUUUCCCAUGAAAAUCAUUUUAACUAUGGAGUGGAUAAUGCUGAGUUGGGAAACAGUGUGCAAUUAGUUUCUUCUUUCCGGUCAAUUUCCUGUGAUGUAGAAAAAGAUGCCAGUCAUUCAACUCAUAUUACAUGCUAUACUAGAGCAAUGCCAGAAGGUUCCUAUGCCGUGCGAGUCAGUGUGGAUGGGAUUCCGAUCACGGAAAAUAACACCUGCAGAGGUCAUGUCAACAGCCGGGCUUGCUCUUUCAGCGCCCGAAGUUUCAGAACCCCCACCAUAAGAAGCAUCACACCUCUCUCUGGACCUCCAGGCACGCUGCUAACAAUCCAAGGCAGAAUCUUCACCGAUGUCUAUGGAAGUAACACUGCACUGAGCUCAAAUGGGAAAAAUGUUAGGAUUUUGAGAGUUUAUGUUGGAGGGAUGCCCUGUGAGCUUCUUAUACCACAAUCUGAUACUUUAUAUGGUCUAACACUAGAUCACCCUAAUGGAGACAUGGGGUCUAUGAUUUGCAAGACCACUGGGACUUACAUUGGUCAUCACAAUGUCAGCUUCAUAUUAGAUAGUGAUUAUGGAAGGAGUUCCCCACAUCAGAUGGCAUAUUUUGUUUCUUCUCUCAAUAAAAUUUCCAUGUUUCAAACAUAUGCAGAGAUCACUUCUAUUUUUCCUUCAAAAGGAAGCAUUCAAGGUGGCACCAUUCUAACAAUAAGUGGGCGUUUCUUUGAUCAGACCGAUUUCCCAGUGGAAGUGCUAGUUGGAGGUCAAGCCUGUGGUAUUUUGAAUGUCACAGAAAGUAGCAUAUGGUGCAAGACACCUUCCAAACCCCAUUUCCUUAAAAAUGUGUAUCCAGGUGGGAGAGGCCUAAAGCUUGAAGUGUGGAAUAAUAGCCGGCCAGCACAUCUUGAGGAAAUACUUGAAUACAAUGAAGAAACACCAGGUUACCUGGGUGCCCGUUGGAUAGAUUUGGCUUCCUAUGUUUGGCCUGUGGAACAGGAUGCAUUUGUUGCUCGCCUCAGUGGAUUUUUGGUGCCUCCAGAUUCUGAUUUUUACAGAUUCUACAUCAAAGGUGAUGACCGUUAUGCUCUUUAUUUCAGCCAGACAGGACUUCCAGAAGACAAGGAGAGGAUUGCAUAUCAUUCUGGUAAUGCCAACAGCUACUUUUCCAGUCCAACACAAAGAUCAAAUGAUAUUUAUCUUCAGAAAGGAAAAGAAUAUUAUCUUGAAAUCUUGCUGCAGGAGUACCGAUUAAGCGCUUUUGUUGAUGUUGGGCUCUACCAGUAUGGCAGUGUCUAUACUGAACAACAAACAGGAGAUGCAGUAAAUGAAGAGCAAGUUAUCAAAUCCCAGUCAACAAUCACCCAGGAAGUGCAGGUUAUCACAUUGGAACACUGGGAAACAACAGGUGCAACUAAUGAGGUUCAGCAGCUGAUUGUAAGCAGCCCGUGUGAGGACCCUGACUCAUGUGCGCAUCACCAAUACAGAUUAAUCUUCAACAUGGAAAAAACCGUCUUGCUUCCUGCCAACGCUCCUGACUUCACCCUGCAAUCAGCCUUAAAUGAUCUCUGGUCUAUAAAGCCAGACACAGUACAAGUAAUGAGAACACAGAAUUCUCAGAGCUUCAUCUACACGAUAACCUUUGUAUCAGCUAGAGGAGACUUUGAUCUACUUGAUUAUGAAGUCUUGGAAGGAAAUAAUGUCACAUUGGAGAUCACAGAACAGGUCAAAGGAAGACCCAGUAUGGAAACAUUCACAUUGAACUGGGAUGGGGUCCUUUCUAAGCCUCUUAGCCCCUGGGCAUCAGAAGAUGAGUUUCAGGUAGCACUGGAAGAAAUGGUUAGCACUAAGUGUCCACCACAAAUUGCAAAUUUUGAAGAAGGAUUUGUUGUGAAAUACUUCAGAGACUAUGAAACUGAUUUUCACCAGGCGCACGUGAAGAGGGGGCAGAAGACAGCUGAGACUCAGGCUUACUGUGGUCGUUAUUCCCUGAAAAACCCAGCUGUGCUUUUUGACUCGGCAGAUGUUAAGCCAAGCAGAGUACCAUAUGGAGACAUUCCAUUAUUUCCUUUUAAUCAGCUAUGUUUUGCAUACAAAGGAUUUCUGUCAAAUUAUAUUGGUCUAAAAUUCCAAUUCCAAGACAAUGGCAGGAUUACUAGAAGCAUUGAUACACAGUUCCCAUAUAAAUUUGCUUAUGAAAACAUCUGGACCUAUACAUGCAUAGAUCUUCUGGAUCUCAUACAAACCAAAUACACCGGGACAAAUUUUGUUCUGCAAAGGAUUAGUUUACAGAAAGCUACAGAAUCACAUUCCUUCUAUGUGGAUAUAGUAUAUAUUGGACAAUCGGCUACAGUCGCAACACCGGGUGAAAUGCCAAAAAGAAGACUUCCAGCAUUAGCAAAUAAAGGAAUAGUUUUUAAGCAUUUUCAGGUGAAUCAGAUCAAGGUAAAUGGAUCAACCAUGACAAACCAAUAUUCUGUUACCAUGAGCUCGUAUGAUUGCAGCUACAACAUACCUUUGAUGGCUGUGAGUUUUGGGCAGAUCGUCUCAAACGAGACAGAGAAUGAGUCUGCUUACAGAGGAAAUAAUUGGCCAGGCGAGUCAAAGAUUCGUAUUCAAAGAGUUCAAAAAGCAUCUCCACCUAUAAGUGGCAGCUUUGACAUUCAAGCUUAUGGACAAAUUCUUAAAGGGCUCCCGGCUGCUGUGUCAGCUGUAGAUUUACAGUUCGCUCUCCAGCGUCUGCAAGAAAUGGGACAAGUGUUGGUUACACGAGAGGGAACCUGUGCUGGCUACUCCUGGAAUGUCAAGUGGAAAAGCACGUGUGGAAGGCAGAAUCUCCUACAGAUUAAUGAUUCCAACAUAAUUGGAGAAAAGGCCAACAUGACAGUCACAAAGAUAAAAGAUGGUGGCUUAUUCAGACAACACGUACGUGGAGACCUGCUUCGCACACCUAGUCAACAGCCUCAGGUUGAAGUCUACGUCAAUGGGAUUCCAGCCAAAUGCUCAGGUGACUGUGGCUUUACGUGGGAUUCCACAGCCUCCCCCUUGAUCUCGGCCAUAAGCCCUUCUCAAGGGUCCUAUGAAGAAGGCACAAUCCUAACGAUAGUAGGCUCUGGAUUUUCUCCCAGUUCAGCUGUGUCAGUCUCUGCUGGACCAGUAGCUUGCUCACUUCUUUCUGUGGCUGAAAAUGAGAUUAAGUGCCAAAUUCUGAAUGGCAGUGCUGGGUACAUGCCAGUUGCUGUGUCCACAGCUGACAAGGGACUAGCACAAAGCUUGGGAGGUGAGGCAUUCCACUUCAUCUACAGGAGUCAGAUCUCACAUAUCUGGCCAGAUUCUGGAAGUCUAGCAGGUGGUACUCUACUGACUCUAUCUGGAUUCGGGUUUAAUGAAAAUUCAACAGUAUUAGUUGGAAAUGGAACAUGCAGUGUGAAUGAAGGGGACAGAAAUAGGAUUAUCUGCAGCACACCAAAAAGAAUAGAGGGCACCGUUGAUAUUUCAGUGAUUACCAAUGGAUAUCAAGCCACGAGAAAGGAUGCUUUCAGUUAUACUUGCUUACAGACUCCAGUUAUAACUGACUUUAGCCCAAAAUUACGGACAAUACUGGGGGAGGUUAAUUUAACAAUUAAGGGCUAUAACUUCGGAAAUGAACUCAAACAAAAAGUGGAAGUUUAUGUUGGAGGAAAAUCCUGCCAGAUUCUUCACAGGAACCUCACAGACAUUCGAUGCCUUCUGCCCCCACUGCCUCCUGGAAAACAUGAUAUCCAUGUAGAAGUCAGAAACUGGGGUUUUGCGUCAACCAGGGAUAAAUUAAAUGCUUCCAUAGAGUAUAUCUUGGAAGUGACUAACAUGUUUCCACAGAGAGGCUCUGUUUAUGGUGGGACUGAAAUCACCAUCACGGGUUUUGGGUUCAGCACCAUACCAACUGAGAACACCGUGCUCUUGGGGCCCUUCCCUUGCAAUGUAACAUCAUCAUCAGAAAAUGUCAUAAAAUGUAUUCUUCAGUCAACGGGGAAUGUAUUUAGGAUUACCAACAGUGGGGAAGAUUCAGUUCAUGGAUCAGGCUAUGCCUGGUCUCCAUCAGUGUUAAAUGUGUCAGUAGGAGAUACAGUGACAUGGCGCUGGCAAGCACAUCCAUUUCUUAAGGGAAUUGGAUACAGAGUUUUCUCUGUCUCCAGUGCUGGAAGUGUAAUUUAUGAUGGCAAAGGAUUUACAAAUGGAAGACAAAAGUCUACAUCAGGUUCAUUUUCUUACCAAUUCACCUCACCUGGAGUCCAUUAUUAUAGCAGUGGAUAUGUUGAUGAGGCUCACUCCAUUUUCCUCCAAGGGGUCAUUAACGUUUUUCCAGCUGAAACAAAGCAUGUUCCCCUGCAUCUCUUUGUGGGAAACACUGAAGCCACACAUACUCUUGGAGGACCUAAGAAUUUGCAGUGGGGAAGCUCUGCGACAGGCUGCCUAGCACCACAACCGCUGUGUGACCUGAAUAACACCAGGGUUCAAACUUCAAACAGAUUACUCUUUGAGCUUUCAAGUUGUUUGUCACCAUCUAUAAGCAACAUUACUCCAUCCACUGGAACAGCAAAUGAAUUGAUAACAAUUACUGGACAUGGCUUCAGUAAUCUCACCUGUGCCAAUAAGGUUACAGUUGGCAGCCACCCCUGUGCUGUGGAAGAAAGCAGCGAUAAUUCAAUUGUGUGUCGUAUUGACCCUCAAAACUCAAUGGAUGUUGGUACCAGAGAAAUUGUUGCUUUGACUGUCUACAACCUGGGCACUGCUAUCAACACACUGCCUGGUGAAUCUGACAGGCAUUUUGUGCUAUUGCCAAACAUUGACAUGGUAGUGCCAAUGGCAGGAUCUACCACAGGGAAAACAAGAGUGACCUUAAGAGGCUCUGGAUUCGCAGCUUCUUAUGCAGGUGUAGAAGUCUUCAUGGGUCAUUUCCCAUGUAAAGUUCUGUUGGUGAAUUACACAGCCGUUGAAUGUGAAACAUCCCCUGCUCCUCAACAGCUUGUGCGUGUAGAUCUUCUAAUACACGGAGUGCCUGCCCAGUGUCAGGGCAAGUGCAGCUUUUCAUACUUAGAAAACAUCACUCCUUCUGUAACAGGGAUCUUCCCAAAUGCUAUCAACGGAUCUGCACAAGUUCUGAUUGAAGGAGAAGGCUUUGGGAAUUUCUUGGAAGAGAUUGCUGUGUUCAUUGGAAAUCAACAAUUCAGGGCAACAGAGGUUACUGAAAAUAACAUCACUGUUCUUGUGACUCCUCUUCCAGCCGGACUUCAUGCUCUCAGUGUUGUGGUGGGAAGCAAAGGCUUGGCUCUGGGAAACCUGGCUCUCCGCAGCACUGCAGUAGCAUCUGUUUCACCAGCCUCUGGAAGUGUUGGUGGUGGGACUACUUUGACAAUCGCAGGAAAUGGCUUCUAUCCUGGGAACACCACAAUUAUUGUUGGGAGUGAGCUCUGUCAAAUCAUUUCUGUGAAUUCCAGUGAAGUGUACUGCAGCACCCCUCCAGGGACAGCUGGAACAGUGGAUGUGAAGAUCUUUGUUAACACAGUCACUUAUCCACAUCAGCCAUUUACAUAUACCUUGGAGGAUACGCCAUUUCUCAAAGGAAUUGUCCCAACUAGAGGACCAGCAGGAACUGAAAUUGAGAUCACUGGAUCUAACUUUGGCAUGGAUGUCUUGGAAGUUUCGGUGCUGAUAAAUGACACUCAGUGUGAUGUCACCAUGGUCAAUGACAGUGUGCUGCGGUGCAUCGUUGGAGAUCAUGCUGGUGGGACUUUUCCUGUCAUCAUGCAUCAUAAGACAAAAGGCUCUGCCCUGUCCAAGGUUGUGUAUGAAUACCCACUGGACAUUGAAAAUAUCCAUCCACUCCAAGGGAGUUUUGGUGGCGGUCAGACCAUGACGGUGACAGGGACUGGACUGACUCCACAAAAUUCCAUUGUCUUAGUUUGUGGCUCAGAAUGCGCAGUUGACAGGCUUAGCUCUAAUUACACAACAUUAUUUUGCAACAUUCCGCCUAAUAAUGGCAGCGGACCUGAGCAAGCCUGUGACGUGACUGUGGUUAAUGGAAAGGAUGCAACACAGUCCAGCACUCCGUUUACCUACUCUGCGUCACUGACUCCACUCAUUGAUGAAAUAGUUCCCAAGAGAGGCGGCACAGCAGGGGGAACCAGACUCAGCAUCAAGGGGUCAGGAUUCAGUGAAAAUAUACAAGAUGUUUACAUCAGCAUAGGUGAUGCCCUAUGUGAUGUUGAGUAUUCCAACAAGACACACAUCAUCUGUAUGACAAAUGCCCGCAGGCCAUCAGGGUGGGCCCCUGUGCAUGUCAACAUCAGAAGCAUGGGCAUGGCCAGGCUGGAUGGCGCUGACUUCCUCUAUGUUGAUGCCUGGUCCUCCAACUUCUCCUGGGGAGGGGAACCUCCCCCAGAGGAGGGCUCGCUUGUUGUUAUUACCAAAGGACAGACAAUUCUGCUUGAUCAGAGUACCCCUAUCCUGAAAAUGGUGCUUAUCCAGGGUGGAACUCUAAUAUUUGAUGAAGCUGACAUUGAACUCCAAGCAGAAAAUAUUCUCAUAACGGAUGGAGGAAUUCUUCAGAUUGGGACAGAAGCAUCGCCAUUUCAGCACAGGGCCAUCAUCACCUUGCAUGGGCACCUGCGAUCACCUGAGCUCCCUGUGUAUGGGGCCAAAACGCUGGCUGUGCGCGAGGGCAUCCUUGACCUGCAUGGUCUGCCCAUUCCUGUAAUCUGGACUCGCUUGGCUCACACUGCGAAGGCAGGGGAUCAGAUGUUGGUUUUACAGGAAGCAGUAACGUGGAAAGCAGGAGAUGACAUUGUGAUCGCAAGCACAGGACACAGGCACAGUCAACGAGAGAACGAACAAAGAACUAUUGCAGCUGUAUCUGCAGAUGGCAUAAACAUCACACUGACUAAUCCACUGAAUUACACACAUUUAGGAGUGACUGUCACACUCAGUGAUGGAACUCUGUUUGAAGCAAGGGCAGAAGUUGGAAUUCUUACAAGAAAUAUAUUAGUAAGAGGAUCUGAUAAUGUAGAGUGGAAUGACACAAUUCCAGCAUGUCCUGAUGGAUUUGACACAGGUGAAUUUGCCACACAGACAUGUCUCCAGGGAAAGUUUGGAGAAGAAAUGGGAAGUGACCAGUUUGGAGGCUGCAUUAUGUUUCAUUCUCCUGUACCUAGUGCUGACCUGGUAACUGGGAGAAUAGAGUACGUAGAGAUACACCAUGCGGGCCAGGCUUUCCGUUUGGGCCGAUAUCCAAUACAUUGGCACCUGCUUGGAGAUUUACAUUUUAAAUCCUAUGUAAGAGGCUGUGCUAUUCACCAGACCUACAACAGAGCUAUCACCAUCCAUAACACACAUCACCUUCUGGUUGAGAGGAAUAUUAUAUAUGAUAUCAAGGGAGGAGCAUUUUUUAUUGAAGAUGGUAUUGAACAUGGCAAUAUCCUUCAAUAUAACUUGGCAAUAUUUGUGCAACAAAGUACUGCUCUUCUGAAUGAUGAUGUGACCCCUGCUGCAUUUUGGGUCACCAACCCCAACAAUACCAUAAGACACAACGCAGCUGCUGGUGGCACCCACUUUGGCUUUUGGUAUCGAAUGAACAACCACCCUGAUGGGCCAUCCUAUGACCAAAAUAUCUGUCAAAAGAGAGUUCCUCUGGGAGAAUUCUUUAACAAUACUGUUCAUUCUCAAGGAUGGUUUGGAAUAUGGAUCUUUGAAGAAUAUUUCCCCAUGCAAACAGGAUCUUGUACUUCUACAGUGCCAGUACCUGCAAUAUUUGAUUCACUAACCACUUGGAAUUGUCAGAAGGGAGCAGAAUGGGUCAAUGGAGGUGCUCUUCAGUUCCAUAACUUUGUGAUGGUAAAUAACUAUGAGGCUGGAAUCGAAACCAAGAGGAUCCUGGCUCCCUAUGUUGGAGGGUGGGGUGAAACCCAUGGAGCGAUGAUUAAAAAUGCCAAAAUAGUUGGUCACCUUGAUGAACUAGGAAUGGGAUCUGCAUUUUGUACAACAAAAGGACUGGUUCUCCCAUUUAGUGAAGGUUUGACUGUAUCUUCAGUACACUUCAUGAAUUUUGACCGCCCCAACUGUGUAGCUUUGGGGGUGACAUCUAUCACAGGUGUUUGUAAUGACAGAUGUGGAGGUUGGAGUGCAAAAUUUGUUGAUAUCUGGUAUUCUCACACACCCAACAAAGCUGGCUUUCGCUGGGAACAUGAAGUGGUAUUGAUGGAUCUGGAUGGUUCACUUACAGGGCACACGGGGUAUUCAGUCAUUCCACACAGUCCUUUGCUGGAUCCUUCUCAUUGCACUCAAGAAGCCGAGUGGAGCAUUGGUUUCCCUGGGUCUGUGUGUGACACCUCAGUCAGCUUCCACCGUUUGGCUUUCAAUAAACCUGCCCCAGCAUCUCUACUUGAAAAGGAUGUUGUUCUCUCAGACUCUUUUGGCACAAGCAUUGUUCCCUUUCAGAAGAAACGACUGACUCACAUGUCUGGAUGGAUGGCUCUGAUUCCAAAUGCAAAUCACAUUAACUGGUAUUUUAAAGAUGUAGAUCACAUAAGCAACAUAUCAUAUACAUCAACAUUCUAUGGAUUUAAGGAAGAAGACUAUGUUAUUAUAUCACAUAACUUUACUCAAAAUCCUGAUAUGUUUAAUGUUAUUGAUAUGAGGAAUGGCUCUUCAGGUCCCCUGAGCUGGAACAGUAGUAAGAAUGGAGACUGGCAUCUUGAAGCAAACACUAGUACUCUCUAUUAUUUGGUAUCAGGAAGAAAUGACCUCCAUCAAAACCAACCUGUUUCUGCGACCCUGGAGCCUGAUGUAAAAGAUGUCAUCAUUAACUUCCAAGCUUACUGCUGUAUUCUCCAGGACUGCUUUCCCGUACAUCCCCCAACAAGAAAACCGGUGCCACGGGAGCGACCAGCCACAUAUAAUUUAUGGUCAAAUGAUUCCUUUUGGCAGUCCUCUCAGGAAAAUAAUUAUAGCAUACCUGGCCCAGGAGCAAAUGUGGUUAUUCCUGAAGGAAUGUGGAUCGUUGCUGACACAGAAAUGCCACCAAUGGAAAGGCUCACCGUUUUGGGGGUUCUAGAACUGGAAGACAAAUAUCCUGUGAGAGGUGCAGAGUCUGCUCACCAAAAAGUUGUUCUGAAUGCUACCUACAUAUCAGUGCAGGGAGGCAGACUAAUCGGUGGAUGGGAAGAUAAUCCUUUUAAAGGAGAACUACACAUUGUUCUUAGAGGAAAUCAUUCUACUCCAGAAUGGGCUCUUCCAAAUGGACCAAAUCAAGGGUCAAAGGUCUUAGGGGUGUUUGGAGAACUGGAUCUUCAUGGAAUUCCACGUUCCAUAUAUAAAACCAAACUGUCAGAAACUGCAGAGGCAGGUUCCAAAGUCCUAUCUCUGAUGGAUGCUGUGGAUUGGCAGGAAGGAGAAGAGAUUGUGAUAACUACGACAAGCUACGAUUUCCACCAGACAGAAACUAGAAGGAUUAUUAAAGUUCUGCAUGAUCAUAAAGUUCUCAUUCUUAACGAUAGCCUUUCCUACACUCACCUGGCUGAAAGACAUCACAUCCCCGGAACAGGUCAGAGCUACACAUUAGCAGCUGAUGUUGGGAUACUGAGUAGGAACAUCAAAAUAGUUGGUGAAGAUUACCCAGGUUGGUUCAAGGAAUCUUUUGGUGCACAUGUCCUGGUUGGCUCAUUCACUGAACAUGCAGUGACAUUUACAGGAAAUGCAAGGAUAAGUAAUGUGGAAUUUUAUCAUAGUGGUCAAGAAGGUUUCAGAGAUAGCGUGGAUCCAAGAUACGCACUAACUUUUCUUAACCGAGGACAGAUCCAAGAACAUGGUUUAUCUUAUGUUCGAGGUUGUGCUUUUCAUCAUGGCUUCUCCCCUGCCAUUGGUGUGUUUGGGACAGAUGGAUUGGACAUUGAUGAUAACAUCAUUCACUUUACAGUGGGAGAAGGCAUAAGGAUAUGGGGGGAUGCCAACAGAGUCCGGGGAAAUUUGGUUGCACUUUCGGUCUGGCCAGGAACCUAUCAGGACAGAAAAGAUUUAAGUUCAACUCUCUGGCAUGCAGCAAUUGAGAUAAAUCAAGGGACCAAUACAGUCUUACAAAAUAAUGUAGUUGCUGGAUUUGGAAGAGUAGGAUACCGCAUUGAUGGUGAACCUUGCUCAGGUCAGGCUAAUUCCAUGGAAAAGUGGUUCAACAAUGAAGCCCACGGAGGUUUAUAUGGUAUCUAUAUGAACCAGGACGGCCUACCUGGAUGUUCUCUUAUACAAGGAUUUACCAUAUGGGCAUGUUGGGAUUAUGGAAUUUAUUUUCAGGCCAUGGAGAGCGUGCACAUCCAUAAUGUGACCUUGGUGGACAAUGGAAUGGCCAUUUUUCCAAUGAUUUACACACCGGCUGCUAUAGCUCACAAAAUUUCAAGUAAAACAGUGCAGAUUCAGAACUCAUUAAUUGUUGGAAGUAGCCCUGAUUUUAACUGCUCAGAUGUCCUAACUAACAAUGAUCCCAAUAUUGAACUCACUGCUCCCCAUCGGAGUUCCAGACCUCCAUCAGGUGGAAGAAGUGGGAUUUGUUGGCCAACCUUUGCUUCAGCUCAUAACAUGGCACCCCGGAAGCCCCAUGCAGGCAUCAUGAGUUACAAUGCUAUCAGUGGCCGUUUAGACAUCUCAGGUUUAACAUUUGUUGGAUUUAAAAAUGUUUGCUCAGGAGAAACUAAUGUGAUAUUCAUUACUAACCCUUUAAAUGAGGAUUUACAACAUCCAAUUUAUGUGAAAAAUAUACAACUGGUUGAUACAACUGAACAAUCAAAAAUAUUUAUACACAGACCUGACAUAAGUAAGGUGAAUCCAUCAGAUUGUGUAGACAUGGUUUGUGAUGCCAAAAGGAAAUCUUUGCUCAGAGACAUGGAUGGCUCCUUCCUAGGGAACUGUGGCUCAGUGAUACCUCAAGCAGAGUAUGAAUGGAAUGGAAAUAGACAACUGGGAAUUGGAGACUACCGAAUUCCCAAGGUGAUGCUCACCUUCUUGAAUGGAAGUAGAAUCCCUGUUACUGAGAAAGCACCUUAUAAAGGUAUUAUUAGAGAUUCAACCUGUAGAUUCAUUCCAGAGUGGCAGAGCUAUCAGUGUUUUGGGAUGGAAUAUGCAAUGAUGGUUAUUGAAAGUCUGGAUUCUGACACAGAAACACGAAGACUUUCACCAGUGGCUAUAGUGAGCAAUGGAUAUGUUGAUCUCAUUAAUGGCCCACAAGAUCAUGGGUGGUGUGCCGGAUACACGUGUCAGAGAAGAUUGUCCCUGUUUCAUAGCAUUGUGGCUCUGAACAAAUCUUAUGAAGUUUACUUUACUGGUACCACUCCCCAAAAUCUUCGACUAAUGUUGCUUAAUGUAGACCAUAACAAGGCUGUUCUAGUAGGAAUAUUUUUUUCCACACUCCAACGUUUGGAUGUCUUUGUGAACAAUACAUUGGUCUGUCCCAAAAAUACAAUAUGGAGCACUCAACAAAAACACUGUGAACCUAACGGACAACUGCACACAGAGCAAUUCCUUCCUAGCCUGGACUCCACUGUCCUUGGUGAAAACUACUUUGACAGAACCUACCAGAUGCUUUACCUGUUGGUGAAGGGAACUAGCCCUGUUGAAAUCCGCACAACCAAAGUCAUAUUUGUUUCUUUCCAGUUACCUUCUGUAACUGUUGAUGACUUUUAUAACCCUCACAAUCUGGUUCAAAAUCUUGCUUUGUUCUUAAAAAUACCACGUGACAAAAUUCGUGUCAGCAAAAUAAUACGAGGAGAAGGUCUGCGGAAGAAGAGAUCUCUGGGACUCCCAGUGGAGUAUGAGAUCGGAGACCCUCCCGCUCAGUUCUUAAACAGUGACACCACAGGUCAGAUGCGAUUAUCUGAACUCCAGGAAAUUGCUAAUUCUCUUGGACAAGCUGUAAUUCUAGGAAAAACCAGCAGUAUCUUUGGAUUUAAUAUUUCUGCCAUGUCUAUUACCAGUCCUAUUCCCAGCCCAGGUGAUUCUCGUUGGAGUAAGAUGACUGCACAACCAGUGGAACGGUAUAGGUUUCCUGUUCAUCACGUGGCUCUUGUAUCCUCACUCUCUGUGAUCACCCAGCCAGUGGCAACACAACCAGGACAACCAUUUUCUCAGCAGCCUGCAGUGCAAGCAGUAGAUUCAAAUGGUGUUUGUGUGUCAGUUGGAAUUACUUCAUUGACUUUGAAGGCCAUCCUAAAGGACUCCAAUAAUAACCAAGUCCGUGGGCUUACUGGAAAUACAACCAUUCCAUUUAGUAGUUGUUGGGCCAAUUACACAGACCUUACUCCCAUGAGGACAGGCAAAAAUUAUAAGAUUGAAUUUGUGCUGGACAGUGCUGUUCGGGUAGAAUCUGGAACUUUCAGCAUACCAGCACAGACUGCUUCCAGUGGCAGCAGCAGCAGUGCUAGCAGUGGCGGCAGCAGCACCAGCAGCAGCACCAGCAAAGCAUCGGUUGUGAGUCCAUCUGUCCAGAUACUGACAAUACUCACUGGCUGGCUGAUACAAAGACUCUUGCUCUUGGAAACAUGGCUUCAAGUUUGCUCUUAAACAUAUCUAUAGAAAGCAACUAAAGUGCUCUUUGGAAGAACAAACUAAACAAAAACACAAGAAUCAUUUAUUUAUGAGUCAUUUUGUUGCACAAGAAAAAGUCUACAUUUUUGAGAAAAUAUGCUGAUAUUUUUGUAACACAUAAUAUAUUAACUUUAAUCACAAAAAAUCAGAUUUCUUCAAAAUAUAAAGUUCUUUUGAUUCCUUAUAUUUGUAUGUCUUAUUUCAUAAACUUCUAGAAACCUCUGAUUUGAGAGAGAUCUACCACCACUGAGUUAUUGUACCAACAAAUUAAAGUAUAAAGAUAGCUUGUCUGAAUUUGACUUAAGCUAUUUAGGUCAUAUUGGAAGCAUUUUGGAUUGCAACAUU